AUGGUUGUGUGGACAGACUUUGAGCGCACCACGAUCCAGGACAUCUUCUCCAAGAUCGACUAUGCGGUCGUUGGGCAAGCAGCUUUUUCCAGGUGUUUGAUUGUCUACCCCUGGACUCAGAGGUAUUUCGGUGGAUUUGGAAACCUCUACAAUGCUGCUGCCAUCACAUCAAAUCCAAGGGUUGCGUCUCAUGGAAAAGUCAUCAUGGAAGCUCUGGAAAAANAUCUGCAAAACAUCGGCAGCCUCCUAGCCUGCAAUAAAGUUAUAGCGAUGUUACUUUUAUUGCACAACAUUAUAGCUGUAGAAACAAAUAAAAUCGUUACUCUGUGGCAGCUCGCAUUUAAUGGUUAG